AUGCCUGUCACUGGCAAUCUCACUAGCAUGGCUCUUCCAACUCUUUAUUCUAAGCUCUCCAAGAGUUCAAACUCUUUGCAUAAUCAAGUUCCAAAGGAUACAGAGCUUCAAGACAAGCAGAUUUUUGAAGACCUCAAGACAGCAACAAAGUCAAGACUCGGGGUUCAAUUUACAGACUUGGAUAAUCAGGAUCGCUUACAAUGCCACUUCAAUUUCAACAACAAGGAUGCUUCUACAUUUGCAGAGGGGACCCUUCACCCCACAUUGCAGAUGGGCGAUGUUGAACACAUGUUAGCUAACACCGCAAAAAGUUUGAAGGGGUACAUCAUAUCAUUGAUGGAGGGCAUGGGUCUUGAGGCGUCUGUAGUCAAGAGUGCGCGUGAUUCCCAUCCCGUGUUUGAGCCCUCUUGGGGGGCAGCCCUCAACUCUAUCUCCUCCACAAUUUACCUCACAGCAUAUUGUCGCUACUUGGACUGGCGCAACCACAAAUACGACAAACACAAGUUGAUGCAUGUUGGCAUUCAACAACCCUCAGGCUCCGAGUCUACCAGUAGUACAACCAAUGCUACUUCACUCUCAUCCAUUCCAACAACUUCCUCCUCAUCUGAUCUGACGACUUGCACCUCGUCCAGCAUGACGCCGGCCUCUUUGUCUACUGGGUUAUCAUUCGACGCGCAGCCUGAGCGCUCAGCGAAGAAAUCGAAGUUUCAGCCAGAAGGUGAAGGGUCUAAGGGAACCCUGAAGAAAGAGGCAAAGGCGCAGGUGAAUGCGAGUAGCAAGGGGAAGGGAAGGGGAAGGGAAGGGGAAGGGGAAGGGGAAGGGGAAGGGGAAGGGGAAGGGGAAGGGGAAGGGGAAGGGGAAGGGGAAGGGGAAGGGGAAGGGGAAGGGAAGGGGAAGGGGAAGGGGAAGGGGAAGGGGAAGGGGAAGGGGAAGGGGAAGGGGAAGGGGAAGGGGAAUGGUCGUUAA